CCAUGUUUGAGUCCUGUGCUGCUGGGAAGGUCUGUGGUGUUGGGACUGGACUACAUCUCUAGUUUUUACGCCUAUUAGGAAGAACACCUGGAUGCAUCUGAAAGAGGACAUGGAGCCAGUGACCUUUGAGGAUGUGGCUGUAAACUUCAGUCCAGGAGAGUGGGCUCUGUUGGAUUCCAGUCAGAAGAAGCUCUAUAGAGACGUAAUGACAGAAACCUUUCUGAACCUGAUCUCCAUAGGGAAAACAGAAGAAAACAUUGAAGAGGACCAUGCAAAUGUCAGAAGUCAUCUGCGAACUCAGAUGAUUGGGAGAGAUUGUAAAUAUGAAGAUAGUUGUCAGUGUGGAGAAGCCCACCACCGGAUUCCAGAGUUCGUUGUUAACAAGGACAUGCCUUCUGCAACAGGCGUGUAUGAAAGCAGUGUGUGUGCAAGAGGCAUCAGCGGCUACUCCCCUUCGUAUGUGCGUCUCACAGAUGAAACUGGAGAGCAACCAUUUGAGGAUGAGGGACUUGUGCGUGUAGCUUUUCAGUGCGGGAAACAUUAUGCAGAUGUCACUUCUUCUGAGCCAUUCCACAGACCAGAACGUCCGGGAGAGAUACUUUACCAAAAGAAACAACCUAAUGAAGCCUAUAGGAGUCUCACUCCUAACCAAAAUUAUGAGAGAAUUUACAGUGAAGGUACAUAUAAUCAGUUUGAAAAAGCCGUUCGGAGAUAUGCUUAUUUUCAGAUGUAUGAAAAAAUCCACACUGGGGUGAAACCAUUUAUGUGUAAGCAAUGUGGAGAAGCCUUUGUUCAUUUCAGCCAACUUGUCUACCAUGAAAGAAUCCAUGCGGGAGAGGAGUGUUAUGUGUGUAACCAGUGUGGAAAAGCCUUUAGACACUAUUCAUACCUCCAGAAACACGAAAGAAUUCACAGUGGAGAUACACCCUAUGUGUGUAAGCAGUGUGGCAAAGCCUUCAUUCGUUCCUCACACCUUCUCGUCCACGAAAGAAUUCACACCGGAGAAAAGCCUUAUACAUGUAAGCAUUGUGGAAAAGCCUUCAGCCACCACAGCGCCUGCUACAGACACGAAAUAAUUCACACCGAAGAGAAACCCUACGUCUGCAAGCAGUGUGGGAAAGCAUUUACUUGUUCUACAUCCCUUCGCAACCACGAAAGAAUUCACACUGGAGAAAAACCUUACGCGUGCAAGCAGUGCGGCAAAUCCUUCAUCCAACGCGAUGCUUGUUACAAUCAUGAGAGAACUCACACUGGAGAGAAGCCCUAUGUGUGUAAGCAGUGUGGGAAGGCCUUUACAUGGUCCACAUGCCUGCGCAACCAUGAAAGGACUCACACUGGAGAGAAACCUUACACAUGUAAGCACUGUGGGAAAGCCUUCACCCAUUCCAGUACCCGGUACAGUCAUGAAAGAAUUCAUACUGGAGAGAAGCCCUAUGUGUGUAAGAAGUGUGGCAAGGCAUUCAUUCAUUCCAGUCAUCUUAUCAGUCAUGAAAAGAUCCACACUGGGGAGAAACCGUAUCCGUGCAAGCAUUGCGGAAAAGCCUUCAUUCAACGUAAGGCUUGUCACAAUCAUGAAAGAACUCACACUGGAGAGAAGCCCUACGCAUGUAAAUAUUGUGAAAAGGCAUUUAGGUGCUCCACAUACCUUCGAAACCAUGAAAGGACUCACACUGGGGAGAAACCUUACAUAUGUAAGCACUGUGGAAAAGCCUUCACACAUCAGAGUGCCCGUUACCGUCAUGAACGAAUUCACACUGGAGAAAAACCCUAUGUAUGUAAAAAAUGUGGGAAAGCAUUCAGUGAUUGUAGCUACCUUGUGAAGCACGAGAGAAUUCACUGGAGAGAAACCUUACACAUGUAAGAAGAGAGACGCUUUUAUGUGUUCCACAUACCUUUACAUACACGAAAGAGCUGACACAAACGAAAUGACACAUUUUCAGCAGUGUAUCUGGUG